UGUUAAUAAUAGGGCUUCACGGUGGCAGAGGGGUUAGUGCAUCUGCCUCACAAUACGAAGGUCCUGCAGUCCUGGGUUCAAAUCCAGGCUCGGGAUCUUUCUGUGUGGAGUUUGCAUGUUCUCCCCGUGAAUGUGUGGGUUCCCUCCGGGUACUCCGGCUUCCUCCCACUUCCAAAGACAUGCACCUGGGGAUAGGUUGAUUGGCAACACUAAAUUGGCCCUAGUGUGUGAAUGUUGUCUGUCUAUCUGUGUUGGCCCUGUGAUGAGGUGGCGACUUGUCCAGGGUGUACCCCGCCUUCCGCCCGAUUGUAGCUGAGAUAGGCGCCAGCGCCCCCCGCGACCCCAAAAGGGAAUAAGCGGUAGAAAAUGGAUGGAUGGAUGUUAAUAAUAUUUAAUAUAUAAAUUAUAAACGUAAAAAACUAAAAUGGUGUUUUGUAGUUUUUGAAAAUAACAGGGUUUAAGCGGUAAGGCCGAAUCCUCUUUAUUGGCAAAGUAUGUUAAACACUAUAGGGCUUUGACGUAACUAAUCAUGUUUUUUUUUUACAUAUUUCAUAUAUCAAUGUUAAUCAUAUUUGAUAUAUAAAUUUUAAACGUAAAAAAACUAAAAUGGUGUUUUGUAGUUUUUGAAAAGAACAGGGUUGAAGCGGUGAGGCCGAAUCCUCUUUAUUGGCAAAGUAUGUUCAACACAACAGGACUUGGACGUAAACAAUCAACUCAAAUGUAAACAAAUAAGUGAUAGAAGGAAAAAAAGCUGACGAGGUGAGCAUGAGUCCGUCGUAACCGUGAAGCAACAUCAAGAAGACGAUUAAAGGUGACAAGUGCACGCCGGUGACCCUCGCCUUGACCUUUAACCCCCCCCCAGUCCGAGGGGGAGCCACAACGAGGGAGCGUGAGGACCGCCUGUAAGCUCCUUAGUCCCGCUAAGUCUGCCUUAAUCUGCCGCUGCAGGUGAGACCUGCUCCAAACCUCGUCCCCCUUCCAGCCAUGGACGAGCUUCUGCUUGGCGGCGGCGGCGGCGAGGACGAGGCCCGCUCGGAACACAGCUCCUGUGAGGCGGGAGACGCCGACAGGAGCAUGGCGGACCGUCUGUUCGCCAAAGUGAGCGGCGGCGCCCGCAGGAGACUGCGGGACUUCGCCAGGAGGAACGGCCUCCUGAUCCUGUCGGUGGUGGCCGUGCUGAGCGGCUGCACGCUGGGCUUCAUGCUGAGGGGCACCCAGCUGUCCACGCAGGCAAAGAUCUACUUCUCCUUCCCGGGGGAACUUCUCAUGAGGAUGCUGAAGAUGCUCAUCCUGCCCCUCAUCACGUCCAGUCUGAUGUCGGGCCUGUCGUCCAUGGAGUCGAAGGCGUGCUGCCGCAUGGGCGUGCUGACCGUCACCUAUUACCUGUGGACCACCUUCAUCGCCGUGGUGGUGGGCAUCGUCUUGGUGGUCAUCAUCAAGCCCGGCGUCGGCACGGAGAUGGAGAGCAACCGGCUGGGGGGCGGGCCCGUUAUGACGUCGGCCGACGCCCUCCUUGACCUGAUCAGGAACAUGGUCCCGUCCAAUCUGAUCGAGGCCACGUUCCAGCAGUACAAAACGGACCUGGUGCCCAUCCUGAAGGUCCCGACCAGGACCAUCCAGCCCAACUUCGUGUACGUGGUGCCGGACGAGCGCGAGCCCAAAGGUCGCACGGUGUUCCUGGAGCUGACUCCGCCCCCCGAGGUCACGUACAAGACGAGUCCCGGCAGCAGCCAGCAGAUGAACGUGCUCGGCAUCGUCAUCUUCUCCGCCACCAUGGGGCUGUUGCUGGGCAGGAUGGGCGAGCGAGGAGCGCCGCUGGUCAACGUGUGCCAGUGCAUCAACGAGUGCGUCAUGAAAAUCAUCAACGCCGCCGUGUGGUACUUCCCGUUCGGCAUCAUCUUCCUGGUGGCGGGCAAGAUCCUGGACAUGCAGGACCCGAGCACGCUGGGGAAGAAGCUGGGCUGGUACGGCGUCACCGUGCUCGCCGGCCUCUUCGUGCACGGCCUGGUGCUCCUCCCCCUUUUCUACUUCCUGCUCACGAGGAAGAAUCCCUUCACGUACAUCCGUGGGCUCCUGCAGGCCCUGGUCAUCGCCCUGGCCACCUCCUCCAGCUCUGCGACGCUGCCCAUCACCAUGAAGUGUCUGCUGGAGAACUGCCACGUGGACCGCCAGAUCGCCCGCUUCGUGCUGCCCGUGGGCGCCACCAUCAACAUGGACGGCACGGCGCUCUACGAGGCGGUGGCGGCCAUCUUCAUCGCCCAGGUCAACGACUACGAGCUGGACUUCGGACAGCUGGUCACCAUCAGCAUCACCGCCACCGCCGCCAGCAUCGGCGCGGCCGGCAUCCCCCAGGCCGGCCUGGUUACCAUGGUGAUCGUGCUGACGUCCGUGGGCCUGCCCCCCGACGACAUCACCCUCAUCGUGGCCAUCGACUGGAUCCUGGACCGGUUUCGGACCAUGAUCAACGUGCUGGGCGACGCCCUGGCGGCGGGCAUCAUCGCCCACCUGUGUCGGAAGGACUUCCCCCUCAGCGGGACGGGAAAGGGCGUCCCUUCGUACGGCACGCACACCCCCCACGUCCACGCCCACAGCGUGGACGUGCCCAUGACGGAGAUCCACACGCACAAAGACGGCGAUGUGGUGUUGGACGGCCACGCCCACACCGUCUACUACAACAUCUGUCAGGUGUGAGGAAACGUGGCGCCCAAAGGGGGCGGCGCCACCUUUCUCAGACAUCAAAGGGACUGUGAUUGAGGCCUCAAGUGACCUUCUCCAGGCGACAGCAUGCUGGCGUGCGUCGGCUUCCACUCGUGCUUUACUUCCUGCUUCCUGUUGGCGACGCAUCCAUGGUGCAUUUGUUCUUUUAUUCUGAAAUUCAUUUUAUUCUGGAAGUGGACUUUCCUCAUCUUCCUUUCUCAAACAGGAAGUAGUUCUGCCUUAACCUCCGCUGCAGUCCUCACUUCAUCUGCCAAUGCACAAGAACACUCAAUCUUUUUUUUUUGUAUCUUUUUAAGUUUUUUUUAUGUAAUAUUGUGUUGAAAAACUUAAAAAAGUCUUCAUAUAAUUUAAAAAAAUAUAUUUUUAUCAAUUUUUACAGUGGUUCUCAAACUUUUUAAAUCUAUUUUUAGAUUUUGUUUAUGUGAUAUUGUGUAGAAAAACUUAAAAAAGUCUUCAUAUGAUUUAAAAAAAUGUUUUUAUCCUCUACAGUGGUUCUCAAACUUUUUUAUAUAUAUUUUUAGAUUUUUUGUACGUAAUGUGUUGAAAAAAAUAAAAAAGUCUUCAUAUAUUUAAAAAAAUAUAUUUUUAUCCUCUUUUACAGUGGUUUUCAAACUUUUUUAUCUAUAAUGUUUAGAUUUUUUUUAUGUAAUAUUGUGUAGAAAAACAU